ACCAGGAAUAAGCCUGGGAAAGCAGGAACCCUUAUAACCAGAUCUCAUCUUCCCAGUGCUUAGAGAACCAAAGUUUUCUCCUUUGGAACAUUGUCUGUAAACAACUUGAGGAAGUCACGGCCCAAGACUUGCCCCUUAACAGCCAUGUCUGUGCAUGAGUGUGCCAUGGACUCAGCAGGGCUGCAGCUCCGAAGCAGAGUCUGCAGAGUGACCAGUAUGAUCUUAUUUAAGUUUUUCGACCACAGCCUUGCGAAGUGAAUAUUGUUAUAAUUCUGAUUUUACAGGUAGUGAAACCCAGGACCAGCCUCCCAAAUCAGUGCUCUCAUUCAUGCUGUGGUGCUUGUCUGUUGGGAGUGGUGGGUUCUGACAGCGAGGGAAUGAGGGGGAAGUCAGCAGGCCCCUAGCUCCGCCUGAACCCUCAGUAGAAGAGGUGCCAUAUGUUAUGUGCUUUGUCCUUCUCCCUGCCAGCAACCCCCCCUUCUCUUCUCCCUCUCAGGUUGACUCAGCACUGGCCCAAGCCUGUCCUCAGAAAAAGGAGGAUCACCUACCUUGAAGCAGGAAGGACGAAACCGCACCUCUCUUCUCUCCACUUCUCAAGAGCCCUGCCCCCUUCUCUUACUCACGGAAUUUUUAAAGAAAUUAGUGAGAUGAGGAAACAGACACACAGAGAUCGAAACAACCAUCACCGUGUGUUAGGACUGGAAGGAGCCUCAGGAAGAUCUUGUGACCCCACUGGCCCAAGUUCGCCUGUGUCUCUGAGAGGGAGGCACUGGAUGGUGGCUACGCUGGUCUUUGCUCUGGGACUUCCUCCCAGACCACCCAUCCCUGGUCCCAGGAUGACCUGUCCUCCCGGAUGGCGGGGGCGGACUAUCUAUCCACCUGUCCCCACGGCCCUGACCUGCUGACCUCUGCCUCCUGGCUGAUUUCUUCAUGUUGGUUCAACAUUAACCCAGAGGGGUCAGGACAAGCCCUCAGAGUCCUGGGAGCGGACACACUAUGGCGCACGUCCGAGGCCUCUGGCUACCUGGCUGCCUGGCCCUGGCUGCCCUGUUUAGCCUUGUGCACAGCCAGCAUGUGUUCCUGGCCCCUCAGCAAGCACUGUCGCUGCUCCAGCGGGUCCGACGCGCCAACAGCGGCUUCCUGGAGGAGUGGCGGAAGGGCAAGCUGGAGCGAGAGUGUGUGGAGGAGCAGUGCAGCCGUGAGGAGGCCUUCGAGGCCCUGGAGUCUCCCAGUGCCACGGAUGCGUUCUGGGCCAAGUACACAGCUUGUGAGUCAGUGAGGAAACCUCGAGAAAAGCUCAUUGAAUGUCUGGAAGGUAACUGUGCCGAAGGUCUGGGUAUGAACUACCGAGGGAACGUGAGCUUCACCCGGUCAGGCAUCGAAUGCCAGCUGUGGAGGAGUCGCUACCCACAUAAGCCAGAAAUCAACUCUACCACCCACCCUGGGGCUGACCUGCAGGAGAAUUUCUGCCGCAACCCAGAUGGCAGCAUCACUGGGCCCUGGUGCUACACUACGUUCCCCACUGUGCAGAGGGAGGAGUGCAGCAUCCCUGUCUGCGGCCAGGAGCGAGUCACUGUGGAGCCGACCCAAAACUCCAGAGACUUCACAGGGAAUCUGUCACCUCAAUCGGAAACGUGCAUCCCUGAUCGCGGCCAGCAGUACCAGGGGCACCUGGCGGUGACCACACAUGGGUCUCCCUGCCUUGCCUGGGCCAGCCAGCAGGCCAAGGCGCUGAGCAAGGACCAGGACUUCAACCCGGCUGUCCCACUGGUGGAGAACUUCUGCCGCAACCCAGACGGGGAUGAGGAGGGCGCGUGGUGCUAUGUGGCCGGGGAGCCUGGCGACUUUGAGUACUGCGACCUGGACUAUUGCGAGGAGCCGGUGGAUGAGGAGGUGGGAUAUGGGCUGGGCGAGGAGCCGGAUGCGGCCAUAGAGGGACGCACCACUGCGGACAAGUUUCAGCCCUUCUUCAACGAGAGGACCUUCGGCGCCGGGGAGGCAGACUGUGGCCUGCGGCCUCUGUUCGAGAAUAAGUUGGUGCAGGACAAAACGGAACAGGAGCUGUUCGAUUCUUACAUCGAGGGGCGCAUCGUGGAGGGCCGGGAUGCGGAGAUUGGCCUGGCGCCCUGGCAGGUGAUGCUUUUCCGGAAGAGUCCCCAGGAGCUGCUGUGCGGGGCCAGCCUCAUCAGUGACCGCUGGAUCAUCACCGCUGCCCACUGUCUUCUGUACCCGCCUUGGGACAAGAACUUCACUGAGAAUGACGUUCUGGUGCGCAUUGGCAAGCACUCCCGCACCAGCUAUGAACGAAAGAUUGAAAAGAUCUCCAUGCUGGAAAAGAUCCACAUCCACCCCAGGUACAACUGGAGGGAGAACCUGGACCGGGACAUCGCCCUGCUGAAGCUCAAGAAGCCCAUCAGCUUCACCGAAUAUGUCCACCCCGUGUGCCUGCCCGACAAGGAGACAGCAAUCAAGUUGCUCCAGGCUGGAUACAAAGGGCGAGUGACGGGCUGGGGCAACCUGAGGGAGACGUGGACAACAAAUAUUGGUGAGGUGCAGCCCAGCGUGCUGCAGGUGGUGAACCUGCCCAUCGUGGAGCGGCCGGUCUGCAAGGCCUCCACCCGGAUCCGCAUCACCGACAACAUGUUCUGUGCCGGUAAAGUCCCCUGGGCAUGGCUGGGCAGGCGGGAACAGCAGGGCCUCGGGUUGGGAGGAUUGAGACACGUGAGUAGCACAGGCCAGGGUUCAAGUCCUGGCUCUAUUCCAUUAGGCUGUGUGAGGGUUGAGCGAGAUAGUGUAUUUAAGGUGUUAGGCAUGGUGCUAGUCACUGGUCAAGUUGUCAGUAUAUGUGAGCCAGACACCAGCCAGAGGCCACGGGUGGAGGAAAAGCCAUUCAUUCAUUCAGUCGUUCAGCAAAUAUUUACUGAGUGCUUACUGUGGUCCAGGCAGUAUUCCAGGGUGUCCAACAAGAACCCUAACAGAUAGGGUCUCCUGUGUCUUCAGAGAGCUUUCUUCCUAGAAGGAGACUGUGUCAAUAAGCAGAUCUAGAAUAGCAAUCCGGAUAGGAGAAAAAUGAAGCUGAGUAAGGGAGUGAGAGAUGGGGAUGGGGCGAUCGAGACAGAGUGGUUGGAGAAGUCCUCUCUGAGAAAUGAUGUUUAAGCAGAGACUAGAAGACAUGGAAGAGUGAGCCGGUCUAGAGGAAGUGCACUCCAGACUUGCGGGGACAGCAGGUACAAAGGCCCUGAGGUGGGCGCAUGCUUGGUGUGUCUUAGGAGCAGCAGGGAGGCCUGGAGGGCAGUAAACACAGGAAGGGCAGCAUUGGAAGAGGGGAGAGAGGUGGGCAGGCAGGGGAUGGGUGCUUCCUUCAGGGCCUUGAAGGACUUUGGCUUUUAUUGAGAUAGGACAUUAUUGGAGACUUUGGGGCAGGUGAGUAAACGAUCUAACUUAAUUUUUAAAUUUUUAAAAAUUUUAGGUGAUUUCAGACUCACAGAAAAGUUGCAAAAAUAAUACAAAGAAUUCCUUUAUACUGUCAUCCAGAUUCUGCCACCUCCUUUGUGUGUGUGUGUUGUGUGUGUGUGUGUGUAUUUAUACACACACAUAUACACACUAUUUGAGACUAAAUUGUACAUAUGUUGCCUUUUUUACCCAUACACUUAAGUAUUUCCAAAAAAACAGGGAUGUUCUCUGC